UCCUUCAAAAUUGUGGCCUGCAAACAAGAGGUUAAAAGGCGAGGAAAAGUAUAGAGCAACCAGGCCCGGGUUCCUCUUCUUUCUUUCCACGCCUCAUCCUCCUCCUGCCAAAUCCCACUUUACCUCUUCCUGUGUCCUUCCUCUUCAAGCCCCUAUCAUUCAGCUUGAAGCAUCACCGGAAACUGCAGGGACAGCGUCUCGACCCUAUCUCCUUCACCGGCGCCACUUUUCCAGGUAUCCUCUCCCAGCUUUGGCUUUUACCACAUGGUGAUGACUGACCGCACAAAUACGGAAAUAAUGGCGGAAGAGGACAGGGACAAUACGGUCAUUGACAUAGAAAAAGAAUAUGAAUCUUAUGAUCCUGAUGAAUAUAAAUCAAAAUUGGAAAAAAAGUGCAUCUACAGAUGGCCUAAUAUCCUUUCCAUUACAGAAAGUAUGUCCAUGCACCGCAUUCCUCACAUGGCAUCCCUUGGUCCCUACCACCGUGGGAGGAAGCACCUAAAGCCCAUGGAGCAUCACAAAGAGAGAGCUCUCUACAGGAUCCUCAAGAGGAGCGGCGUUUCAAUCUCUGACUUAGAUGGCUCGUUGAAAGGCGUAGAGCUAGACCUUAGGGAUAGCUACGACGAUCUUGAUACACAAUGGACAUCCGAUAAAUUUUUAAGAAUGAUGUUGCUUGAUGGGUGCUUCAUGCUUGAACUCUUUCGUGCUAGAUUAUACCCGGAUACCAAGGAUCAGGAUGAUCCUGUUUUUAGUAGGGAUAGUGUGGUUAUGGGCACUGUGAUUCGACGGGACAUGCUGAUACUAGAAAACCAAAUCCCACUCCUUGUAUUAAGAAAGUUGCGUGGAACAGAGGAAAAGAAAGAGAUCAACGACGACACAUAUCUCAAAGAACUGUUCCAAAAAGCUUUAGGGCUCUUCGACUUGCCAGUUAAUGAACGUAAUUUGCAUAUUCUUGACAUUUAUAGGAAGUGCUUGAUAAUGGAGACUGCACCAAUGCAACAAACAACCCCCUCCGCGCAAGUGUCUACCAAACCGGUUUGUACGCGAUGUCUAUCAGGGCUACAUGUUGCUGGCGGGAAACUGAAGUCUAUGCUCACAUCGAUCCCCACCUUGGACUGUAGGGCUCUAUGCUGUAGGCCAAUUCCCAAAUCACAUGUGCGGUCUGCAAUGAGGUUUCAUGAGGCAGGGGUUGGGUUCAAGAAGAGGGAACCGCAGAAUGGACUAAAGAUUACCUUCGAAAAUGGAGUGCUCACCCUUCCAUCUAUCCUCGUGGACGACCACACAGCGGCAAUCUACAAGAACAUACUGGCCUUUGAGAUAAUGCACCCAAAGUUGUGGAAGGAUCGAAAGGUGGUUUCGUAUGUGGGAUUCAUGGAUAGUUUAGUAGAUACUGCUGAAGACGUGAACCUACUGUGCUCUCGAGGGAUCAUGAUGAACAUGCUUGGGAGUGACGAGGAAGCUGCCCAAGUCUUCAACAACUUGGGUGUUGGCAUUCCAUACUGUCCAGACCGUGAAAUCGACGAUCCCUUGCAGACAUACGCUGCCUCCGGUUGGAAUGCUGCGCGAGCAUAUCUGAAGCGGAAAUACUUCCGAAACCCAUGGGCUGCUGUGUCCCUACUUGCGGCCAUUGUUUUGUUGGAUUUGACAUUUAUUCAAUCCUUCUUUUCUGUAUGGGAUUAUAUGCGUCCAAAGGAUCCAUAGCCACUUGAUAUGUUCUCAUCUCUUAAACUAUGACAGCAUCGGGAAUCAGCAGAAGCCUAACCACUCUCAA